AUUGACACGCCCAGUUGAAGAAGUAGUUCGGCGCGUCAAGUGCAGCGUCUUGACCGAGGAGAAACAUAUGAAUUAAAAAAAAGAUGAAGUAUUCGGUUGUUUUAUUCGGCCUCAGUGUGGUGGUGUUGGUCGUGGUGACUUUCCAGGCUUUGCGCCAAGAGAUGGAAUAUCGCGAUGUUCAAAUACGCACGCUCAAGGACUGGGCAUUGUCCAAAACUGAGGAGAAAUCCAUCGAAUUACUGAAACCCCAAGUCAGGCAGCUCCAGGACAACUUGGAUUCCAUCAAGGGCAGGAUAGAUGAUCUGAAGCAACGCAAAGUAGCAGCUCAGAAAACAGAGAAGGAACAUACAAAGACCUUACAGACAUGCAAUGAAGAUAAGGAAAGCAAGGUGAAGAAUAAGAAGGCUGCCACAGACUCCAUUGCUGCACUCAAAGCUGAUCACGCAGUGGAAAAAGCAAAAGCAGAGGAGGAAGUGCAAGCCUUGAAACAACAUAUUUUGGAUCGGGACAAAGCUAUUUGCAUUUUUGCUGAUCCCAGCAUUGUAGAAGUACGGACACUCUGUGGCAUCAAUGCUCCUCAAUAAAGACAACUCAGAAAAAGAA